AUGCGGCUAAAAUCUAAGCAAGGCCAUCCUGUGGAUCUUCGGCUGUGGUACAAUUAUUUCACUUUUGAUCUACUAGGAGAUUUUGCUUUCGGGGAGUCGUUCGACUGUAUGAACUCAUCCACCUGCCACCAAUGGGUGGAUUUUGUCUUGGACCAUUUCAACAUGUCUACUUUGCUCCAUGUCAUCCACCGUUUUCGCCCUCUCCAGCAUGUUCUUGCCGCCAUGGUGCGGCAGCGCAUCGAGGGGGCAACCGACAGGCCAGACUUCAUCAGUCCGAUGCUCGAAGCAAACCGCAAUGGACUUCUCUCGCUCGAUGAGGUGGAGCAACAGGCCAGCAUCCUCAUUCUGGCCGGGAGUGAGACCACCUCCCUAGCAUUGACGUUUACCACCGCCCUCCUUUUGCAGCACCCAGUCAUUCUGAACCGACUCACCGAGGAGAUCCGAGCUCUUUUUACCUCUGACACUGAUAUAACCACUUCGACCAUUAACGAUCUGUCAUAUUUGCAGGCUACCCCUGAAGAAGGAGCCAUGGUCGCUGGUCAUUUCAUCCCUAAAGACACGGUGGUCAAUGUCAGUCAAUGGAGUGCAUACCGCUCCGAAACUAACUUCAUUCGAGCCAACGAAUUUAUCCCCGAGCGUUGGCUGGGGGACUCCGAGUUCACGAAAGAUGCAAAGGGCGCUUUCCAACCCUUCUCGGUCGGCCCUCGCGCCUGCAUUUGUAAAAAAUUCGCUUACGACAGCAUGAAGUUACUAGUCGCGCAUGUCCUCUGGAACUUUAAUCUAACGUUGGAACCCGCCAGCGCCUGUUCUUUGAGCGAAUGGCUAGACUGCCCAUCCUACGUUUCCUUCCACCCAGCUCCUUUGCUAGUUAACAUGGCCGCAAGAGUGACCGUGUAG